AUGGCAUCAGAAAGGGACCAACGGCUGGCCGCAGAAAUCGCCCUGCUGGAAUCGAUGUAUCCAGAGCAGGCCACAUUCACUCCCGAAACACAGGAGCUUAGCUACACGACCGGUAAUUCAAAUCUCCAACUACGGCUCACAGAUGGAUAUCUUGUCGACUCUCUUCCUGUUGUUCUCUCUGCCAACGCUGGCAAGCAGGACUUACGAAAUUCCGUAAAGGAAAGUGUGAACGGCCAGGCUCCAGGAGAAGAAGUACUAGACUCAAUCAUUCUGAGUUUCAACGACAUGGUGGAAAGCCUCGCCACCGGCGAACCGAUUAGCGUCGAUGUUUCUGAAUCUCCAACGCAAGACGAUACCAAAAUCACAAUCAUCGUCUUCCUCCAUCAUCUUCUCAACACCAACAAGCGGAAGUUGUGCCUCUCACCAUCGCGGCCGUCCAUAUCUGGUGUCACAAAACCAGGCUAUCCUGGCGUUCUAGUAUACUCAGGACCUUUGCGUAUAGUUCACGAGCACAUAAAUGAGCUCAAGGCACAGAACUGGCAAGCGUUUCAGGUUCGUUCAGAGUUUGAGGGCGAAGAAUGGAAGUUCAGACAUGGGACUGGCGUAGUCGAAGUCGAAGGAAUGGGAGAUGUUGUUGCAGAGGUAGAUUUUCAGCCAGGGAGAAAGGAAGCAUUCAUGGAGGCCAUGAGGAUGAAAUGA